AGUUCCUGUUUACAUCGCAGCCACACGGCCGAGGAAUAGCAGCCCGCAUCGGCAGUGCCCAGGAGCUGGCCUUUGUCACAUCUCAUCUAAGAGGUGUGACUGUUUCUCUAGACUAAAACGUCUGCGGUCUGAUUGACACGCGAUACUUAGCUACACGCUCCUGUUGCGGCGUUUUUGGAGAUACUGCUGGUCCUAUGCAGGGGUGACAAUCUGUUAAGGAUGAGCAAACCACAGCGUACCUCAUCCAGCGACAGCUCAGCGGGAGGGCGGCGUGCUGUGGCCAGCAGCAGUGAGGAUGCCGGGUCGUCGGCGCCUUCACUCUCUCCGCCCCCAUUGCCGCCCCCGCCGCCGUCUCCAAUGACGCCGCUUACGUCGCUACCGCCGUCUCCGCUGACGUCGCUUCCGCCUUUUGGUGUUCCGUCGCCGCCUCCUUCGCUGCCGACAUCGCCGCUAUGGCCGACGGCCACCGGCUUCUCCCCGCCAGGGGCGCCGAGCCCUCUGCGGCCCACGUCGGCGCCCUCCAGCUUUAGGGACCGCCUGCAAGAAGCCUUGCCCUCUACCGAUCGCCACGUCCUGCUCCCUGCCCCUCGAGUCGUCAGUUGGAAAAAGUCGCAAAAUGCUGAAAUGACCGAGGCUGUUGAGGGAACUACAGCGACAGGGAAAAAUCUUACUGGCUCGCCGAGGUAUGCACCAGCAACUGCGAGUGAUCAGUCCAGUGACAACGAGAUGUCGCUGUGGCCAGUAUCCGGGCCAUCCGGGAUGCACGCAACCCCUCUCAGCGGCGCGAUAUCGCAGAGCGCCCUCCGCAGUGACGCCAGCACCUCCACCACCCCCGAGGAUACACCGGUUCCAUCUGGGUCUGCAUCGGCGGCGGAAUACGCAGGGGGACAUCCCGAAGUGCCGCGACCGAGGCUUGACCAGUCGCAGAUAAGGACCGAGGAAAGCGGUGGCGUCUUGCAGAUGGGUGGUCCUUUAGCCACCGGAAAGAAGAGCCAGAGGGGCGCAGUGACGGUCUCAACUGGUCACCAAGAGCGGUCUCCCACCUCUCAACGGCGGGUGACGGACGGCACUAACAGCACUCCACCGGGCGCUGGAAGGUUGAGUGUGGGGACCGUAAAGCAGUGGACCCUGCCGACGCAGACUGCUGUAAGGACGCGGAUUUUUAAAUCUAGCCCCAUACACUGGGGGACACCUGACACCAGCUCAUCCAAUGUGCAGUUGGAAGGUUCACCGCGGCGUCGCCCUUCCCCAGAGAGGCGCCCGCGCUGUGGGUCCGCCCCAGUCUGCUGGCCGCAGUCCAGUCUGGGAAGCUGGGGACGGAGCAAACACGGCGACCGCCGACGAUCACGCAGUCGCGAACGCUCCAAAUCCGUAGGAACAUCUCCAGAGAGGCUGGCGUAUACUGAUACAGAAGAGCUUAGCACAAGCCAGAGUCAACUAUUACGUUCAUAUUCUAGCCCCCGUGAAGCAUUUAAACGCACAGAAACUUCUUCAGAGUUCACUAUUAAAGACUUGGAUGGCGCAAUAGGAAAGCAAGACGUUCGUCCUUAUAGUUCUGCUAGUGACGCUUUCAUAGAUCAGAUCAGCACAGGAGACCAUGAGUGGGGCAGCAACAAAGAUUUACUCAAGGAUAGUGACAAACAUACCACACAUCACUGGAAAAAACAAGUGAUCAGAUGCCUAUCUGAGAGCGAUGGAGAAACUAUGUGCAGCACGUAUCAGCCACCAAAGUAUAGUGAAACUGAGAGCCAAAAAGCAGAAGGAAAUGAAAAUCGUCGUGCCGAAAGUACUUCUCUAAAUGAAUUAAAAACCCAUACACCUCUACCAGGGGACGAGCAGUCUUGCAGUAACCCAAAAUUACAUGCAUGGAUUCUGCCUCUAGACGAUUCAGCAGAACAGACAAUGGUAAUAUUUGAAGAAUCUAAUGACUCAGAUGUCAUACUGACAGAAUCAUUUAAGGCACUAAAACAUGAACAUAAGAUGGUUGAGAGAAUACUGAAGCAACAACAUAAUGUUGAACCUCUGGCUCAGCUAUUAUUGGAAGAACAGAAAGUUGUAGCGCAACACGAAGAGGCGACAGUGGAGGAAGACGAAAUAUUUAGCCCUGUCAGUGCCACGUCAUUUGAUGCAUACCUAGAUAACAGUCCUGUGAGUGAGUGGUCACUCGAAGCACACAUAGAUCGUAGCUCUAUCAACAUUCAGUCACUGGAAGCUUUCCCUCAGCUUAACCCUAUGAGUGAAAGGCCUUACGAAGCGUAUUUAGACGACAGUCCACAGAGCUGCCACUCAUUCAAUGAAUAUCCUGAAAGUGAUCAGUCAUUUUUGGCAUAUGAUGAACUUGGUAAUUGUUUAAUAGAAGAGCAACAUCAAGAAAGCCAGGCUAGUGAUCAGUUACUUCAGGUACUUGAGCUAAGCAAGGAUUGUCUUCCACCUCUGGAGACACAGCACAAAGAAAGCUGGGUUGGCGGUCAGUUACUGGAAUUGCAGCAUGAAGGAAGUGAUCAGUCACUGGAGGAGCAGCACGGAGAGAGCCAGGAUGUUGAUCUGCCACUAGAGGUGCAGCACGCCAUGCAGCAGCAGGGAGAGAGCCAGGAUACUAAUCCGUCGCUGGGGUUGCUGAACGGAGAGAGCAAGGAUGCUGAUCCGCCGAUUGGGGCACUGAAAGGAGAGAACGAGAAGGUCGAUCCGCCGUUGGAGGCGCUGGACGGAGAGAGCAAGGAGGCCUAUCUACCACUGGAGCUGCAGCACAGAGUAAGUCAGGACGCCAUGCAGCAGCAGGGAGAGAGCGAGGGGGCUCAUCUGCAGGUGGGGGCGCUGGAUGGAGAGAGCGAGGAGGCUGAUCCGCAGGUGGGGGCGCUGGAUGGAGAGAGCGAGGAGGCUGAUCCGCAGCUGGGGGCGCUGGAUGGAGAGAGCGAGGAGGCUGAUCCGCAGCUGGGGGCGCUGGACGGAGAGAGCGAAGAGGCUGAUCCGCAGCUGGGGGCGCUGGACGGAGAGAGCCAGGAUGCCAAAUUGUCACAGGCGGCGCAGGACAGAGUGAGUCAGGAAAUUGUGUGGCACAAACAGAGGCAGGCACAGUAUGAAGAAAGAAAGGCAGAUGAUAUGUCAGCCAAAGUGCAGCAUAUAGAGAGUCGUGACGUGACAGGUGAAAUGUCAUUGGAAGGUGCUCUGUACGUUAUCAACAAACCACCAGAAAACUCGACAGCAACAUUAUCAUAUUCAAGUGUUGUUAGUCAGACUGAAUCACACAUCAGUCUUCCAACAAAUUUAUCAACUUAUGAACAGCUUCCUCCACAACUUCUGCCUGUAACUGUCACAAGUAUUGCACCACCUGAAGAACACGAAGACAACAGUGCACACAAAAAGAAUGAGACAGAAGCACAGCUGUCGUAUCUGCCUGUAACUCUACCAGCUGUUGUGUCAGCUGAAGCACAGGAGACUGAGACCCAGAAUGAGGCGCAACUGCCACUAACACUUGUGGAAUAUAUGGCACUGGGCCAGUCAGUGUUUGCACCUUCCAUUGACAGCAUGAUCGCUUCCACUGUUACUACUACUGCCGGUGGUCUAAACACAGUCAGCAGGGGAACAUUGACUUCGACGUCUUUGACAGACUAUACAGACGCUGUCCCUGGAUCCUCUAGGAUGCAUCAAGAGCGUCUUUCACCUCAGCCAGGGCCCAGCCAGUUUAGGUACCAGUAUCCACUGGCGCCUGGUUCCAGGUCGUACAGAUACCAACCACCACUGGCACCAGGUUCCAUGCCAUACAGAUACCAACAACCACUCGCACCUGGUUCGGACCUGUACAGAUACCAGCAGCCAAUGGUACCAGGUUCUAGCCAGUACAGAUACCCAACGGCACUAGUCCCCACCCAGUACCAACAACAAACACCACAAGGGAAUAUACUUGGUACUGGUGACUCUGACGACGAUCCUGGUUACCUCAGCGAAUCGUCUGGAGAGCUCCAGAAUAAUGCUAGGCUGGUUCAAUACCCUGCAGACUGGCAGCCUGCUUUGAUCCGAGAGCCAGACUUAGACAUCAUUAUUGCCUUCAUUGAGAGUAGCACUGCCCAAAACGCCGCACCAAAACAACAGUCCGCAGAUACGCCUGACCAAGAGCAGGUUCUGUUGAAAGAGGGAGGCGAUGACCAGCCAGGCGCUGAUAACAUAGACAUAACAGCUGCCUCGGUACAACAAUCGGAUCAAGGAGAUAAUGAACAAUCGCUUCCAUCUGCAUCAGAUGAUCCACAUCUAGUCGAAGAUACCGAGGAAACGCAAGUGGUUGCCAAGGCUAGCACGUCAAGCAAUGCACAACCAAUGACCCCUACAAAAGAGACUUCAUACCGGCUUAAAAGUGAUACACCAAGAGGUAAGAAAAAUCUUACACGCAGAUGGAAAGAGCAUCAGACUCUAAAAACGAGUAGUAGUUCCGACUCGGACACUGAAGCUAGGCGACAUGAGCUUUGGAAGUAUCAGCAGGAAUCGUUAGCGAUUGGGGGAAGAGCAACAAUGGAAGAAUUUUUAGUGUUGCAGCAGGACCUGGAGCAGUACUACGAAAGACUUAAGUUAACCGAAGGUGGUGAUGGACAUGCACCAGAGGCUGGACCUAGCGGAGAACAGCAGCCGGUGGCAGCCUCUCAGUGCAAUCAGAGAAGUCAAGCAACUGACCUGGCCACUGCAGACGUAUCUAAAGCUGAGCGUGGUGAAAGUUCAGCCUCCACGGACACAAGAGAGCCGAAAGAGGCAUGUGAACCUGUAGUGAGCGACGUUUCGAGUGACUAGAAACACACCGAUCCUGAGAGGCGCCGUACUACACCCACACGCACGCACAGCUUGGUCACGUGAGCACGUAGCUCACAACUGCCGAACGGGCAAUUUGGUACCAAAAAGGACUUGUCGACGCAGUCUGAUUUAGACUACAAUUUUUAUUGAUGGACGCCGAGGAAACAGCUCUACAAAUUUUCAACUUUUUGCUAGAUCGUUGCACGGACAAUACAUGACGUAACUCAAUAUACGAGGCACUUGUCAGUCUUGACUUUCUGCCCGGUGAGUAAUCCGUGCGUAACGAUUGGCAUAACUGUUAUCAACUGACAAACUGUCGACUGUAGUUAAGCUUUAAGUGCUUCCAAAACGAGUUGCACAGAACUAAACAUCUGAUCCGACGUGACAGGAAAGGGUUUUGGUACAUUCACUGAGAACACCCCUGAAAAAGUGCAUGCAAACAUGUCAUUGAUCUGCAUUGUACGGCAUGAAAUAAGCUGAAAGGAAGAGAUGAAUCGGCUUGACAGAAAUGGAAUGAAUCCUUAAAAUUUGUAUGGUUGCUAUUAGCGUCCGCAGCCGAGCGAGUAAGCACUUAGUUUCAUAAGCGGGAGGUCUGUGGAUCGAAUCUCGCUGCCGAUACUACUUUGUUUAGAGUUACCUGCACCAUUAUUCGAUGCUAUGCUUAGAUAUGCGUCGUACGCCACGAAACUGUCACGAUAGAACAGGUUAUGAAUAUAAACAAAGUUUGUUUUUAUAACGCACACAAUGAAAACAAGAACUGUGACAUGCAAAAAUUCGACGUUCCUUGCAUCUGCGUAUGCCGUUACAGUUUCCGUAUUUCUACGAUUAGUACCAUCCUGAUUCAUGCAGUGCUGUAUAGGUUACGUAUUAUAUUUGUCACAAAUGUAGAUACAGUGAUGUAAAUAACUACGCUGAUUUGAAGGUUCUCGUGUAUCCUUUAAUUUCCAGUAGUCUUAAGAACUUUCUCCUUUUUCAUGUUAGAAAUUAGGAAAAUACUAACUGAAUGAUUAGAUAUUGAUACUGUCACGGUCAUAAUAAGUCUGUUUUUAGAAUUACAAGGAAAUUAAAAAUAAACUACCGACAGCGAUUUCCGAUCUAGAGACCUCGCUCAUACGAAACUCAGCGCUUACUCGCUCGGCUGCGGUUUCUGAGGACACUAGCAGUCGUAGAGUUUUCAGCGUAAGCAAGCUUAUAAUUUUCAAA